ACUACAAGUCCAACUACUUCGCCAACUACCAGUCCAACAACAAGUCCUACAACAUCGCCAACUACUAGUCCAACAACAAGUCCUACAACAUCUCCGACUACAAGUCCAACUACCAGUCCUAUAACAUCUCCGACUACAAGUCCAACUACAAGUCCAACAACAUCUCCAACAAAAAGUCCAACUACUUCGCCAACUACAAGUCCAGCAACAAGUCCUACAACAUCUCCGACUACAAGUCCAACAACAAGUCCAACAACAUCUCCGACUACAAGCCCAACUACCAGUCCAACAACAUCUCCAAAUACAAGUCCAACUACUUCGCCAACUACCAGUCCAACAACAAGCCCUACGACAUCUCCGACUAUAAGUCCAACUACCAGUCCUACAACAUCUCCAACUACAAGUCCAACAACAUCUCCGACAACAAGUCCAACUACGUCGCCAACUACCAGUCCAACAACAAGUCCUAUAACAUCUCCGACUACAAGUCCAACUACUUCGCCAACUACCAGUCCAACAACAAGUCCUACAACAUCGCCAACUACAAGUCCACCAACAAGUCCAACAGCAUCUCCGACUACAAGCCCAACUACCAGUCCAACAACAUCUCCAACUACAAGUCCAACUACUUCGCCAACUACCAGUCCAACAACAAGCCCUACAACAUCCCCGACUAUAAGUCCAACUACCAGUCCUACAACAUCUCCAACUACAAGUCCAACUACCAGUCCAACAACAUCUCCUAGAACAAGUCCAACUACUUCGCCAACUACCAGUCCAACAACAAGUCCUAUAACAUCUCCGACUACAAGUCCAACUACCAGUCCUAUAACAUAUCCGACUACAAGUCCAACUACCAGUCCAACAACAUCUCCGACUACAAGCCCAACUAACAGCCCAACAACAUCCCCGACUACAAGUCCAACUACUUCGCCAACUACUAGUCCAACAACAAGUCCUUCAACAUCUCCAACCACAAGUCCAACUACUUCGCCAACUACCAGUCCAACAACAAGUCCUACAACAUCGCCAACUACUAGUCCAACAACAAGUCCUACAACAUCUCCGACUGCAAGUCCAACUACCAGUCCUACAACACCUCCGACUACAAGUCCAACUCCUUCGCCGACUACAAGUCCAACAACAAGUCCUACAACAUCUCCGACAACAAGUCCAACUACCAGUCCAACAACAUCUCCAACUACUUCGCCAACUACCAGUCCAGCAACAAGUCCUACAACAUCUCCGAAUCCAACUACUUCGCCAACUACCAGUCCAACAACUAGCCCUACAACAUCUCCGACUACCAGUCCAACUACCAGUCCUACAACAUCGCCUAACGGAGGUGGUGGAGCAAGUGAAACCACUAGUCCAACUACCAGCCCUACAACAUCACCUAACGGAGGUGGUGGAGCAAGUGAAACCACCAGUCCAACUACCAGUCCUACAACAUCGUCUGGUGGUGGUGGGGCAAGUGAAACCACGAGUCCAACAACCAGUCCUACAACAUCACCUGGUGGUGGUGGAGGUGGAGCAAGUGAAACCACGAGUCCAACAACCAGUCCUACAACAUCACCAAACGGAGGUGGUGGAGCAAGUGAAACCACCAGUCCAACUACCAGCCCUACAACAUCACCUAACGGAGGUGGUGGAGCAAGUGAAACCACCAGUCCAACUACCAGUCCUACAACAUCGCCUGGUGGUGGUGGAGCAAGUGAAACCACCAGUCCAACUAUCAGCCCUACAACAUCACCUAACGGAGGUGGUGGAGCAAGUGAAACCACCAGUCCAACUACCAGUCCUACAACAUCGUCUGGUGGUGGUGGAGCAAGUGAAACCACGAGUCCAACAACCAGUCCUACAACAUCACCAAACGGAGGUGGUGGAGCAAGUGAAACCACCAGUCCAACUACCAGCCCUACAACAUCACCUAACGGAGGUGGUGGAGCAAGUGAAACCACCAGUCCAACUACCAGUCCUACAACAUCGUCUGGUGGUGGUGGAGCAAGUGAAACCACCAGUCCAACUACCAGUCCUACAACAUCACCAAACGGAGGUGGGGGAGCUAGUGAAACCACCAGUCCAACUACCAGUCCUACAACAUCGCCUAGCGGUGGCGGUGGAGCAAGUGAAACCACCAGUCCAACUACCAGUCCUACAACAUCGCCUAACGGAGGUGGUGGAGCAAGUGAAACCACUAGUCCAACUACCAGCCCUACAACAUCACCUAACGGAGGUGGUGGAGCAAGUGAAACCACCAGUCCAACUACCAGUCCUACAACAUCGUCUGGUGGUGGUGGGGCAAGUGAAACCACGAGUCCAACAACCAGUCCUACAACAUCACCUGGUGGUGGUGGUGGAGCAAGUGAAACCACGAGUCCAACAACCAGUCCUACAACAUCACCAAACGGAGGUGGUGGAGCAAGUGAAACCACCAGUCCAACUACCAGCCCUACAACAUCACCUAACGGAGGUGGUGGAGCAAGUGAAACCACCAGUCCAACUACCAGUCCUACAACAUCGCCUGGUGGUGGUGGAGCAAGUGAAACCACCAGUCCAACUACCAGUCCUACAACAUCGCCUGGUGGUGGUGGAGCAAGUGAAACCACCAGUCCAACUACCAGUCCUACAACAUCACCUAGCGGGGGUGGUGGAGCAAGUGAAACUACCAGUCCAACUACCAGUCCUACAACAUCACCUAACGGAGGUGGUGGAGCAAGUGAAACCACCAGUCCAACUACCAGUCCUACAACAUCGCCUGGUGGUGGUGGAGCAAGUGAAACCAGCAGUCCAACUACCAGUCCUACAACAUCACCUAGCGGUGGUGGUGGAGGCUAG